AAAGAAGAAAGUAACUAUCCGAAAAGUCCUGAAAUUAUUCUAAAAGAUGAAUAUCAAACAAUCAAGUAUCUCAUAAUUAAAGAAGGUGUAUAUCCACCAAAGCAUAAACUUAAAUAUACUCAGCGUCCUGCAAAGCAUCCUAUACCUCAUAAUUAUGUUGUUCGAACUACAUAUUCAAAAAAAAAAUAUGUUGUUGAGUGCUCAAUAGAUUAUAUUGAUAAUAAACCAUUAUACCAAAUACACUUUGAAAAGUAUUUAGACAAAUUUGUAGAGUCAGACCAGUCAACUUCUCAUGCUGCACAAUUAUAUUGUGAGGCUUUGGCUAAAGAUAUUCAAAACAAGGAACGUGCAGAAUCUAAAAGCAAGCUCUCUGGACCUCUUCUUUUUGGCUUACACUAUAAAAGUGUAGAAGUAGCUCGUAAAACAUUACCAUUAAACGAGUUAGUACGAAUAAAACCAUUUAAUAAUUAUAGUGCCUCAGCACAGCACAAACACAUAUUAGGUUUAGGAAAACGGUUAUUAGAAUUUGUAGAAGAAGGAAAAGAAAAUUUUUUUCAUCAAAAUGAUAACAUCGUUCUUAAGCAAGCAAAGUUUGAAAUCAAUGGUUCUAUAUAUAAUAUCAAUUAUGGAAAAAUCAAUAAACAAAAAAUAGAAUUACAGACACAAGCUAUUGUAAAGUCAAUUGAUCGUAAUCGAAUUUCUCAGGAUGCAUAUAGGUCUUUGGCUAAACUUGACGAAUCGCUAAUUAGAGCUGAAGCACUAACCAGUUUUGAACCAAUUACUGAAGAGUCUGAUAUUACAGAUCCAAUUAUAGUUUCUAAUGUCAUUGCAUCUAUCGGAAAAGGCGGACAACGAUGA